GCUGCCGUGAUUGGUCGCCUUGUGGAUUAUGUUUUAUGCUCCCGAAUAAUUUUUCGACGCGAUAUAUCUCUCUUCUGAGAAUGAUGGUUUGUGUGAUUUCCAGUUUUUAUUCGUACGCAAGAUUUAGUGAUUCAAUUAUAAACUUGUGGAGAACGCAGUGAAGUGUCAAGGUAUGAGCUAUUAUCACCAAAGUCUCACACAAGAAGCCUGAUACUUACAAUUGGACUAAAUUAACUAAGAAAAUGGAUCAAGAAUCGUUUAGUGUUGAUAAAGUGUCAAGACAGAGAUUGCACAGUUACAAGAUUGAUAGGGUAAUUUUAUAUUUUGAAGCAUUAUGAAAAUUAAACAUUAUCCAGGAAAAGCGGUCAUGGAGGACCCGUGGCUUUCUAUCACUGAUAGAACUAUGGAUCUUGUUUACGCCGCUAACUGGGUUGGGGCCAACAAUCUUAAUGGCUACACAGAAGACGACAACCAGUCGGAUAAAUCAUCAUUUAAUUCUAUAACUAGAAGCAAAUCAUGUCGAGAUGUGGGACGCAGCGUGGAAAAAGAAGAUGAUAAAUACAACACAUAUUCACGUGCAAGUCGCGGCAACACCUAUAAUGGUAAUAUUUCUAACGGAAACAUAUCACAAUUAGCGAAAUACCAACAAGAUAUUGAAGAAAAAGCACGAGCGAACAAUAAUUUCUUAAUGCAAAAUAAAUUAAAACAUAGUUAUAGUUUUAAAGAUAUGCCAAAUGGUUAUAAACCAUCGACUUUGAGAAGAGUAAAGAGACGAAAUUUUACGGAAUGGGAUAUUGAAGCCUUUGGAUCUAGUGAUAGACAGGCUCCAGUUCCGCCACAGAGAAAAGAUUCUCUCAAAUAUGCGCAUCGCCAAAGGAAAGCGGAUUCAAAGAAGAAUUGCUAUCCUCUGCCCGAUCCUGGACCUGUACCUCCUGAUCCUGCCUCAGAGUCAUAUUAUGAAUAUUAUUCAAGAGUUAGUCAACAAAACAAUGAUACGGACAGUGAUAAAAUUAAGUUGAUUCACAAGGAUCCAAAGAAGGAAAAAAAAAUCGAAAAUGGGGAUGCUAAGAUGAACGGAACUAUGCGUGGCUACGGCAAUGAAAGUAUGUAUCAAAUAAUUAAUUCUAUGGCAACUUUGGACCUAACCCCAAUAAAACCCAGGUCCGGAAACAAAAACCUCGACAUGGAUAGCGAAGCGGAAGAUUUGGGCAUAUACAUGCACCCUAUUAAUGAAUCGUUAUCUACAUGCGAGCAACUUCCUGAGCACAUAACGCAACCUGAGAAUAAGCGGAACGGACGCGUGGACGAAGUUAAACCUAGUUUUCGCUCAAAAUCUUUAAGAGUGAAAAGCGAAGGACGUGCACCACUUCGAUCUUAUCUCGAUAAUGUAGGAAAUGAUACUAAAAUGUAUAAUGGCGUUACUGUUACACAACCAAAAAGGAAUCUCUCUCCGAGCGAGCAGCUGACACUAAUGCAAUACGGCAUGAUACGUGGAAGUCAGCCUCCACCUGUCCCUUUAACCAGUAAUGGGUUUCACUCGGUCGAUUUAGGAAAAGAAAGUGAUUAUCGGACUAAAAGUGUUGCUAGACAAAUUAAACCGGAUAAAUACGGAAAGCUGUACAAUACAGUGAGAGUGAAAAGUGAGGAUAGGUAUGAUAGGUAUAAUGACAUUUUAUCAUUUACUUCACCUAAAGAUCGUAUUUCUGAAGAACGUGUUCCUAAUACUAAUGGUGUUUAUUCGCGUAGUGCUAAAAGUUCUUCCAGUGGUUCAGACUCAGAUUUUUCGAUUCCUCGACCAAAACUUAUAGUGCCUGUACAUACUUAUGGAACACGUAAAAGGAGAACCGGAAAUCUUUGUCAGCGAGACAGUACAGCUACUGAAACUUCACUUGAUGCUGGUAUAUUACUCGAUGUUACCCGUUUGGAAGACAACAAGUCGUAUGACUCUCAGAAAAAUGGAGAUUCAGAGGGUCGAGUGGAAGUAUCCCGCGAGAACAAGUACCUCAGUACAAUGGCACCCGGGAAGGUCUUCGGCGAGUUGGCGAUCUUAUACAAUUGCAAGAGAACCGCCACUAUCAAGGCUGCGACUGAUUGUCGUCUAUGGGCUAUUGAAAGACAAUGCUUCCAAACCAUUAUGAUGAGGACUGGGCUCAUCCGCCAAGCUGAAUACACAGAUUUCCUCAAGAGUGUACCGAUCUUCAAAAACCUGCCCGAAGACACGCUUAUCAAGAUAUCCGACGUGCUGGAAGAGACGCAUUACCAGAACGGCGAUUACAUCAUAAGACAAGGCGCCAGGGGUGACACGUUCUUUAUUAUCUCAAAGGGACAGGUCAAAGUAACUCAGAAACAACCAAAUAGCAACGAUGAGAAAUUCAUUAGAACUCUCACGAAAGGAGAUUUCUUUGGCGAGAAAGCUUUACAAGGGGACGAUCUUCGAACGGCGAACAUCAUUUGCGACUCUCCGAACGGCACCACUUGUCUGGUCAUCGACAGGGAAACCUUCAAUCAGCUCAUAUCAACCUUGGAUGAGAUCCGUAGCAAAUACAAGGACGAGGGUGAUGAUAGGCAAAGACUUAACGAAGAGUUCGCGAACCUCCGACUCUCCGACCUUCGAAUCAUCGCGACGCUGGGUAUCGGUGGCUUCGGUCGCGUUGAGUUGGUCCAGAUCCACGGAGACUCCAGUCGAUCUUUCGCCCUGAAACAAAUGAAGAAGGCUCAAAUUGUCGAGACGAGACAGCAGCAACACAUAAUGUCAGAGAAGGAGAUCAUGUCGGAAAUGAACUGCGAGUUCAUUGUUAAGUUGUACAAGACAUUUAAAGACCGUAAAUACUUGUAUAUGCUGAUGGAAACUUGUCUCGGUGGGGAGCUGUGGACUAUUUUGAGAGAUAGAGGACAAUUUGACGACGCAACUACAAGGUUUUACACCGCGUGUGUUGUCGAAGCUUUCCACUAUUUACAUUCUAGAAAUAUUAUUUACAGGGAUCUCAAACCAGAGAACUUAUUGCUCGACUCGAAAGGCUACGUAAAGCUAGUGGACUUUGGUUUCUCGAAGAAACUGCAAGCCAGCCGUAAGACCUGGACCUUCUGCGGCACGCCGGAGUACGUCGCGCCCGAGGUCAUUAUGAAUCGGGGACACGACAUCAGCGCUGACUAUUGGUCCUUAGGUGUACUAAUGUUCGAGCUGCUAACCGGUUCGCCACCGUUCACGGGCACCGACCCAAUGAAGACCUACAACAAGAUUCUGAAGGGUAUAGACGCGGUGGAGUUCCCGCGCUGCAUCACGCGGAAUGCAGCCAACCUCAUCAAGAAACUGUGCCGUGACAACCCUGCCGAGCGACUGGGAUACCAGCGAGGCGGCAUCACUGAGAUACAGAAACACAAAUGGUUUGACGGCUUCAACUGGGAAGGUCUGGCUCAGCGUACAUUGGACCCACCAAUCACGCCCAUCGUCAAGUCAGCCGUUGAUACGCACAACUUCGACCAAUAUCCACCCGACGCGGACGAACCGCCACCCGACGACCUCUCCGGAUGGGACUCCACCUUCUAACCGCGGCGCCAGUGUGGACACUGUACAGCCUGGAUGUAGUUACGCUUCUGUUGAGGCCACGAUGAUGUCACAAAGUCUUUCUCAAAGGAGAUAUGAGGGUUAUCGCAGUGAAGUUAGCUAAAUUGUCGUUUGGAUGUACGUUCAUCUCCUAUUUGAAUAAUAGUUCUAAACUUACCUCUGCUUUCUGCCGCGGCUUGAUACUAACGAUUAGUGAAUUAAAAUAACAUCAUCGAGGAAUAAAGAUUAGACUGUUUUUGCGUAAAAAUCGGCAUUCAAGCAUUAAACCAAGUAAGAAACUUCCUUAUGAUGAAAUAAAUGUUUUCAGCGCCAUCUAUUUUAUUAGACAGUUUUAUUAUCUUUACAACUCAGUACAGCUAUUCGUUACUAGAUGGCGCGAGUAGUAUAUUUAGUCACUCAUCAUCGUAGUCUCAAUAAAGUAACGGCAGAGGUUAAGCCAAUUAGCCUUGAAAUAAUCGAAUAUGGCAAUCAUGUUAGAUACAAAUAAGAAAUAUCUCAUUUAGUUUUUAUAUUUGCAGUUAUAGCUGUUUGCCAUUAUAUUAGUUACAGCGCUUGCCAAGGGUAACAUAUAUUUUAUAGCGAUUCUGCAAAUAGCUUGUUUAAUUUGUAUAUAUUUAUAAUUAAUAAUAUAUUAUAUAUUCCUAUAUAAAAUACAGUGUACUUUCCUGCAUGUUAAUGCGACAUUUUGCCUACCGCGACAGAAAUAUACAAAAUAUUGGGGAGUAAGCACUUAAAGAUCUUACAUAUUAGCUUAACAUAUUUAAUUAUACUUUGAAUUUAAGACUAUUUUAUUAAGAAACAUACAUAUAAAAUAUUUAUGUAUUCACUAUAACCGACUAUUGACUAAGAUGCGAGUAUUUUUUGUUUCCAAAAGAAGCAGGGUAUUAAAAAUACCAAAAUUUCGUUACCAGGUAAAUGUCGACCUUUUAUUUUUCCAGUAAUUCUUUCUGCGUGUACAUAAUUUCUUUCUUUACAUACCUACAUGAUAAUGAUAAACGUUUUCAUCAAUUAAUUAAUGCUAUAAAAAUAAUAUUGUGAAUGAAAGUAAAACAUAAAUAUUCUCAAGUUUUAAAGUUCAAUAAAAUUUAUUAUUUGUUCACCUACAUCUCAAAUUUUAAUGUGGUGCUCAAAUUAAAAAAAACGGUAGGUACCUACUUCUAGCGUAUGUGUAGACUAUUUCUUAAAUUUUGGUAUCACAUAUUUAUAAAUAUAUGAUAUGAUAAAGUCACCGCCGUCAUCCUCAGACUAUUAAUUUACUUUAACUGGUCACAGGCCUCCACUUUUAUAAGGAAGAGAUAAUUAGAGCAUAGACCCAUGGUGGCUGCUCCAUUGCAGGUUAGUGCGAAGACAUUUUAAUUGAUAUAAAUUGUGAGAGUAAUUUUUAUAAACAAAAUGUUUUGAUUUAACGUUAAUGUUCUUUGUUUCCCAUACAUACAUGCAUAGUUUUGACACGUUUCACUAUAUUUAAUUUUUUGAUAAUAUAUAUAGCCCAAGUGCAUACCAAGAGAUUGUACGAUAGGAAAAACCAGAUUCUAAAUAUUAUGUGCUUAAAUGUCAAUAACUACAGACAUACAUUUUCCGCAAGAGUGGAGAAUGUUAUAGGAAGGAAUCAAUUAUAGAAUGCAAGAGGAAAACUAUCUUUGUAAAUUAUAAUGCAGGUCAGGGAUGAGCGAACCUUUAUCUACAUAUGUGCCAAUUUUUUCAUUUAUUUUUUAAUUUGACCGUGAUUGUGCCAACAAUAAAUUAAUCUUAGUGUGAUAGGCAUUUGAAACAAGAAACAGUCUUAAUACAUAUCCCCGAUGAUUAACGUUAUCUAAGUAGAAAAAAUAAUAUAAUUAAUAAUCUGUUAUACUUCCUAUAAAAAUAAAAAAAAUAUAAUAGUAUAACUUUUUUUCACCGUAAAUUUUUAUGACUGCCAUUAAAAUAUCUAGUUUUUUACUGACCGAAUGUAAGAGAAAAAGAAUGUUAUUGUUUUGUUGAUCUAUUUUACCAAUAUUCAAUAUCGCAUAAAUAUUCAAUAUUCUACAUUAACCUGUCUAUUGAUAUGGAUAAAACUAUAUACCUAGUUGCUCAAUGAAUGGUGUGCCAACUUUUAUGUUGUGUGAUGUCAGUAGCAAACGUGCCAAUGGUUCGUCAUCCCUGAUGUAGUUAUUAUAUUAAAAGUAAUGUGCCUUCUACGAUAAAUAAAUAAUCUUUGGAAAUGUUUCUGAAUAGGUACGUAUAAACAAUUUAAAUAUUCAAAUAGAAUGUGAGAACUUUUUUGAAAUGUCAUUAAUGGUAGUUGUAAAUUAAUAUUACACUCUCAUAAUAAUAAUAUGAAGUCAAUUAAGGAUAAGUCUUCCGUAAUAAGGUUGCAAAAUCUGUUAUUGUAAAUAUUAGUAGUUAUUAGAGGUAAAUGUUAAAAUGUAUGAAACUUUAUAAACAUG